GUUUGUUUACUGAAUAUUUCCGCUUUCAGUCUCUGUGGGGAGCAGGCUACUAACUCUGACAAUUCAAUGAUGUAUAAAACUUUCAGAAACAAUGCCAAAUUGGACUGCAGAAACAUUCAACGACAGCCAGAGCUUUGGAAGUUUUGGCAAAUCUAGGGAAAAAGUAACGCAUCCCUAUGAUUGUCGUUCACAACCAUUUGGGAAGCCUAAUCUCAGCUUGGAUCAGACAAUCCCAAGACUGCUGAAGAAAUGUAAAAAAAAAUUUUGUAAGAAUUUUCUUAAGGGACCCUCUCGGAUUACCACCGUAGAAACAAGCCAGUCUCCAUCUCUGGAUGAGUGUAAAGCCCUAAUUAGAGAACUGGCCACCGAGCUACAUCGGAUAUCAAAGUAUCAAGAUAAUUUCACCACCAGCAACGAAGAUGACUACAGCCUGGCAGAGUGCCAACAGUUCAUCCUACAAUGGGCGGAGGAGUUGAGAAUCUUACCAAAGAUAUCCGUGGGGCAAAGCAGGAGCUCACCAAAGCCCCUGCGUUCCUGCUGGGAGGACUAUGAGGUAGAGGAGAGAACAUCGCCAAAAGAGGCUGAGAGAAGACUGGCAGAAGCUCAGCGCAUCGUCUCAGAAUGGGCUGCAGGACUGCAGUCACGAAAACAGGACUCAGUGUGUCCAGGAGAGGAUGUGUGUUCAGUCCUGCAGGAUCUGGAGGGACAGUGGAAGAGAGGAAAACUACCCAACAUUCUCCCUGUUAUGGACUUCAUCAUCUGGACUGUGUUACAGGAACAACCUCAAGAGGGUUCCAUCCCAGAACUGUGGCUCAAAUCCAAGCAGAGGUUCAAACACUCAGGCUUCACGACAGUGAUUCCUGAAUCAGUAUGGGACUGGAUAAGCAAAGCAUCAGUUGACAUCCUCUUGGACCCUGAAUCAGCCAAUCCAGAUUUCAUAGUGUCCAACAAUCAGAAACGUGUGAGAGUGGGCAAAAUAAUAGAGAGUAAACAUAAUCCUAGAGACAGAUACCAUCACUGCCUCGCAUCUCACAAGUAUGACGGGUGGUGGUGUGCACUGGGAACACAGGGCUUUACCAAGGGUAGGCAUUACUGGGUGGUGGGGGUGGACGGGAAGACAGACUGGAGGAUAGGGAUAGCUAGGGAGUCUGCACCAAGGAGAGGCUUCAUUGAACUGAACACAUCAACAGGAUACUGGACACUACGGAUGCAGGUCAGUGUGCUGAAGGCUCUAACUGUUCCGGCUGUUGAUAUCAACAUUCCAGAACAUCUCAAGAAGAUUGGGGUCUACCUUGACAUUGAGGAGGGGCAGCUCUCCUUUUAUGACGUUGUAAGACGCAGCCAUAUCUACACCUUCAAUGACACGUUUUCUGAACAGGUUUAUCCAGUCUUUGGCACAGUAGAGACAGACAGAGACCUUAUCAUACUGUAGUACACAGCUAAAUGGAAAAGAAAAGUCACAGAAGUUAUUGAGGAUGUCUCAUGACUAAGAACCAACCGAGACCACCCUAGACAACCGUAGACUACCCUAGACCACCCUAGACUACCCUAGACAACCGUAGACAACAAUAGACCACCCAAGACCACCCAAGACCACCCAAGACCACCCAAGACCACCCUAGACCACCCUAGACCACCGUAGACCACCGUAGACCACCCUAGACCACCGUAGACCACCCUAGACCACCCUAGACCACCCUAGACCACCCUAGACCACCAUAGACCACCCUAGACCACCCUAGACCACCCUAGACAACAGUAGACAACCGUAGACCACCCUAGACAACCGUAGACCACAGGCCAUCAUGUGAUGACAUCCCCAUAAUUUUAACAUUGACAUUUUGGGGGAAAUUACUCUGCCCACUAUGGCACCAAUUAUGCAAAAAAAAAUACACAACUAAUUCCAUACAUGACAUGGUGUAAAUAAUAUUUAGUAACUUUGAUCUGUUCUCUUCCAUCGCCAAGCACAGCAGGCCGAUGGUAAUCCAUAAUGGUGACCAUUUUUUAUCCUUAAUCCAGUUAGAAAUCAGCUGUUUGCUGGAGUCUAUCUUUCUAAAGAGUGUCUGCAUUAUGAUUAAUGAAGCUGUAUCUUUCUUUAUGACUUGGGAAGUUUUUACUUUCUGAAUUUGAAUGAUAAUGUGACAUUAGAUGUCUUACUAGAAUUUCAUCAGUUGAGGUUAGCUACAGUAAUUAUUUUUUAUUUUUUCAUACUUCCUCAAUGAGUUUGUACAGUACUGAAGGUACAGAAGAUAAAUAUGUAUGUUUAUUCUUUGCACUUUCUUUGCACUUUCCACAUUCUGUUAUUCUUUAAAGUAUGGAUUUAACAGAACAUAUUUUAGUAUCUUGGCUUCCUUGGUUUGAUGUUUUAUUUCAGCUCAUGAAACAUGGGACCAACACUUUACAUGUUGUCUUUAAAUUUUUUGUUCAAACAGACCGUUUGAAGAAUUUAAUUUAAUUUUUUUAAUUUUUUAAACACUUUUUUUUGGUUUCGACAUGAUUCCAUAUGUGUUAUUUCAUAGUUGUGAUGUCUUCAAUAUGUGAAUGUGAUGUGAAGCUUGGCCUUCAGGUCAAAUAAUUCUACAAUGUAAAAAUAAAGAAAAACCCUUGAAUGAG